AUGGAAACCACCGCGACCGCAAUGGCUUCUCCCAAAAAUGACGGCAGUGUCGACGACAACAAUGGCGUCGACUAUGUCGUUCACUAUAAAGUUCCCGCCAAAGAAAAAGCAGAGGCCGAAGCUGGCUACGUCGAGCUCAUCAAGGCCCUAACCGCCGUGGGGCUCGCCAGCGAGGUGCGACGCGCCAGCAAGGACUCCCUUUACGUCUUUGUCAAGAUCGCCUCAACCGAGCUACUUCAAAAGCAAAUUUACAGGGCCAGGCUGCAAGACUGGCUGCACGGCAUUCGAUCCACCACCCCCAACCACGAUGUCGCCAAGACGCUCGAAAGCGAACCCGUGACCGAGGCUGAGCGCCUGCGACUCGUAUACCUCAUGAUGAUCAAGCCAGAGAACGAAGGGGGCGCUGGAAUCACAGAAAACGCUGGCAAAUGGAAGUAUGUCGAUGCCAUUUUCCCCCUCCACAAUCGCGCCUUCAACAAGCAGUGGAUCUCCAACUGGAGCGGCAAAUACCUCCUCGAAGAAUCCGACAUUUACGACAUUCGCGAGAAAUUUGGCGAAAACAUCACCUUGUACUUUGUAUUUCUGCGGUCGUACCUGCGCUUCCUGGUUGUACCUUCUGCAAUUGGUUUCAGCGCUUGGUUGUGUUUGGGCCAAUUCUCCAUGAUCUAUGCUGUUGCCACCUGUCUCUGGUCCGUCAUCUUCUUUGAGUACUGGAAGAAGAAGGAGCUCGAUCUUGCUGUUCAAUGGGGUGUGCGACGCGUCUCAGAAAUCCAGCAGCCGCGCCCCGAAUACCAGUGGGAAUAUGAAAAGGAAGAUCCCGUCACCGGCGAAGCGCUUCGUGUCUACCCUCCCAUGAAGAGACUCCAGACUCAGAUUCUUCAAGUGCCCUUUGCUCUGGCAUGCGUCAUUGCUCUCGGUAGCCUUUCCCUUACAGCCAUCUCUCUCGAAAUCUUCAUCAACGAAGUUUACAACGGCCCUGGAAAGCAAUACCUCACCUUUGUCCCGACAGUCAUUCUCGUCGUCUGCACGCCCAUUAUAUCCACCCUCUUAAUGACUGCAGCCAAAGCACUGACGGAUCGCGAAAACUAUGCCACUGUCGAUGCAUACAACGCAGCCUUGAUUCAAAAGCAGUUUGUCCUCAACUUUAUGACGUCUUACAUGCCCCUGCUCUUCACCACGUUCGUCUACCUACCGUUUGGCCAACUUCUCAUUCCCGCCCUCGACUUUUGGAGACGAACUGCGCAGGUUAUCACUUUUAGCAAAGCGCCACUCGCCACGCGUGAAUUUCACAUUAACCCUCAGCGUAUUUCGUCCCAAAUGUUCUACUUUACUGUCACGGCGCAAAUUGUCAACUUGGCCACUGAGCUGGUCGUUCCAUAUGUUAAGCAGAGAGCCUUUGCCAAGGCCAAGGAGAUACAAGCGAAACGGGGUGAGGAUGCUGUUCAGGAUAACCCAGAAGAGACUGAGUUUAUGAAGCGAGUCCGCAACGAAUACGAGAUGGUCGUCUAUGACGUUGCAGAAGAUUACCGCGAGAUGGUGAUGCAAUUCGGCUACCUGAAUCUCUUCUCAGUUGCUUGGCCGUUGGCGCCAUGCUGCUUCCUGGUCAACAACUGGGUCGAACUUCGCUCCGAUGCUCUCAAGAUUGCCAUGAGCUGCCGCCGACCCGUUCCGUGGAGAGCUGAUUCUAUUGGUCCAUGGUUGCAAACUCUCGGUGUUCUGUCAUGGCUCGGCAGUGUCACCAGCUCCGCAAUCGUCUUUCUGUGCAGCAGGGACAGGAACGGUGAGCGUGGAAGCGCCUCCAACUUUACGGCAUGGGGUCUUUUGCUGAGUAUCUUGCUCGUGGAGCACUUUUACUUUUUGGCGCAGAUCGUCGUUCGCACUGUUUUGGAUAAAUUGGAGAGCCCUGGGUUGCAAAAGGAACGGAAAGAACGAUUCUUAAUGAAGCGUCGUCUGCUGCAAGACCAUCUGGGACAGGAUGUUGCUGGCCGAGCCGCGGCUCCUGGUAUCGAGACGUCGGAAAAGAUUACCAGAGCUGCUCUGGAGGAAGAGGCACGCCUUACUUCCCUUAAAGGCAAGAGUUCGCCAGCAGAAAUCUUUUGGCAGCGACAGCAGGGUAUGCAAGAGACCAUUGAUAUUGGCCGCAUGUUCAUUUCCCAGAUUGACAAAAAACCCGGCAAGCCAGCCAAUCUCGCGGAGCCAAGUCCCAGGGCAUGA